GGAUAUAAAUGUUACAAACGAACACCGCUGAAAUCAUAACAGAUAACAGCUGUUUUCCUUCAAAUAUUUUUAGGUUAUCAGUUUCAAAUUUCUCAUGGAAUUUGAACUAAAUAACAUCGAUACUGAUACGAGAGACCAUAACAUCAUGGAAAAGGAAGACGAAUUUUUGCAUACAUAUUUCAAUCAAGUUUCUCAAUUGUGUUACGAAAAAGCGAAAGAACAUGUUGAAAAAGCAAAAGAGCCCAAAGGAGUCGCUACGCCUUGGAAUACAUUUUUGCACCAUUUGCAGCAACUCAUCAUAGCCGAAAAGAGCUACAUCGAGAUAGGAUUUUUACAAAACAAGCAUAAAAGUUUUCUCAGAAAAGAUAACUCGUUGCGAUCAGUGUAUGAAACUAUGAGGAACGACUUCAAGAAACUAGAAGAUAAUUCUAAGCCAGCUGUUGGGGAUAAUAGAGUCCACAGAGGAUGUAUCAAUAUAAUCCAAUUCCUCAAUGCAAGGAUAAGUCUAAUUGAAAUAUAUGAGAAAAUCUACGGCAUGACUUCCAAUAAACAUUUCCAGUAUAACGAAAUAGCAAGUCACAUCGAAUCGGUCAUUCAGACUCAUUUGGAAGGUUUCUCAGACAUCAGCAUGACUCCGAUUAAAGCUGUUUUUUGCUUGGAGGGUGAAAUAUUGGAAAAGCUCUUCAAAGCUUUGAGUGAACUCCAAAAAUUGCAAUUCUUAUCGUCACUCACUUUGAUACAUGCUGCACACACAAGACUCAUUGCGUGGGAGAACAAAAUUCAACCGCGGGAGGUGUGGAAAUUGGGGAUAUUCAAAAAUAAUCCAGUGCCAGCUCUUUUUCAAUGGAUACAAAAACUGAAAAGUGCAGUGCUGAGCAAAUUCAGCUUGUACUUCCACGACAUCUUAGCAAAACAAACUACCUCGAGUGACAUGAAGUACUUGUGCUCAAAAUUACAACAAGACUAUUAUCAAAAGAUGAUAGCGUUUCUCAAAAAAUAUGACGCGUCCUCAGUGAUCCUCAUGUCCGAUAACGAAGUCAAUUGUGAUAUAACCGAUUAUGAAAGUUUUCCAAUAAUUGUAUCCUAUCCUCCGCGCAACAUUCCUCGGCACAACAUGGUUCUGAAAAUGGUAUAUGAAACCUCCCAUGAAUUAACAAGCGGAGAUAAAAUAAUCUAUAAGUUCAGUUCGCAGGAACAAUCUACGUGCAUUCUGACGACAGUUGAGCCUAACAUAUACCUAGUCAUAGUUUUCGAGAGUAAGAAGACAGAAAAAGAUACUUUUAUAAAUAAUUUUAUAGUUGAUCUGUGUACUAACUUGAAUUGUACAAAAAUAUUAAGCAGCCUUAAAAGUCCUUCAAAAUAAAGUUCUCAUUGUUGUA